UACUAACGUUUCUUUCUUUUCGCUAGGAAGAUAAUCAUGUCAUUUCACUCCGCCCUUCCCAAGAUGGCGCCUUCGCCACACCCAACCCGCCCCAGUCAAGAUGGCGUGCAUUACCGGCCUGGCGUAUGGAGACCUUCUCAAGAUGGCACCAAACACCAGCCCUAUUACCUUCUGCCUUUUUCAAGAUGGCCUUAGCAAUUAGCUUCACUUCUGAGCACCCUCUGACCGUCUCAAAAUGGUGAAGGACGGAUUACUCGCUACACUCUGACCUUCUCAAGAUGGCGCCAGAGCUAUAAAUACCGUCGCUCUCCUGAUGUGACUUCCGGUUCCAGCGGAAGGCGGUAUAAAAGGCAGGCCUGGUACCUUGAGACGUACACCUAAGGACACUCCGGGGCGAAUAUGGACAGGAGAAAGAAGCCCUUGGACGUCACGGCGUCCUCGUUGGUAGACCUUAAGGCUGAACUCUUCCGAAAGCAAGAAGAAUUCAAACAAGAAAAACUUUUAAAAGAUGCUGGAGUUUUGGGAAAACCAAAACCAACUAACAAGAAACCAAGUAUCUGGAGCAAACAGAAUGCAGGAGUCUCUAACCGAGCUGAAAAGGAUGCUGAAGAGCAGAUUGCAGAACAGAAGACUCUGGACAAAGCGAGGGAGAAAUUGGAAGAAAAAGCCAAAUUGUAUGAGAAAAUGACUAAAGGAGACUUUAUAGAUGAAGAGGUGGAGGACAUGUACCUUGUGGAUUUCACACAGAAGAUGAUAGACAGACACAAAGAAAUGGAAGCGGUUGGUGCCAAUAGAGGUUACAGAAAGACCGAAGAAAGAGACGAUGAUGAAGCAGCUCUUUCUGAAAGAGAUAUUCCUCCUCCCCAGGAUCCCAGUGAAGAGUGGGUGGAUUAUGUGGAUUCUUUAGGGCGAUCCCGGCGCUGCAUGAGAAAGGACUUGCCAGGUCUGCUGGAAAUGGAUAAAAGUCUUCAGGGGAGGCUUUUCGUUAGUCCUGCAAAUGAGAAAACCUUACUGUCUGAAGAUAUGAGAAAAGAACUCCAGCGCCAGCAGUGGGAGGAAGAAGAGAGGGAGGCCCUGAGAAGGCCAAUGGGGCCCAUACAUUAUGAAGACAUCCGUGAAAAUGAGGCCCGGCAACUUGGUGUUGGAUACUUUGCUUUCGCCCGAGAUAAAGAGUUGAGAAACAAGCAGAUGAAAACCUUAGAAAUGCUGCGUGAACAGACAACAGAUCAGAGAACAAAACGAGAAAACAUAAAGGAAAAGAGAAAAGCCAUAUUAGAAGCAAGACUUGCCAAACUCCGACAGAAAAAGAUGAAAAAAUCAAAAGAAGGUGGAGCAGAGGAAGAAAACAGAGAUGGAGAUGUCAUUGGCCCUUUGCCCCCAGAACCAGAGGUCACGCCAGCUCCUCGUACAGCCGCCCAGAGUAGCAAAGUAGAAGUCAUCGUUCAGGAGAGGAAAGAUACGAGACCCGGGGUGCCACACGUCCGCGAGUGGGACAGAGGAAAAGACUUUUCCUUCGGGUACUGGUCGAAGAGGCAGUCAGAUCUCCGGGCCGAGAGAGACCCUGAGUUUGCGCCACCAUCGUAUUACUUUAUGGACCAAAAGAGAGCUGAGUCUCUGAGCAGCCAGGCAUGGAGCCGACCUGCCCCUGCGCAGAGCGACCCGGGGCAGCGCUCUGGCCAGAGCCAUGACCCCUGCGUGUCACAGACAUCAUCUGCUCCUGCCCCCAGCAGCCCGCCACAAGCUCCGACCGUCACUUUUGAAACUCUGGAUGAUAUGAUAUCAUAUUACAAACAAGUAACAUGAACUUAAAAACAUUAUAACUUGGGUCUGUACUGUUAAUGGUGCCUUCCUCUCCCACAGUGGAGGAGAUAACUUUAGGGACUGAAUUGUAACUUUCUCUUCCUGUCCUUUCCCUGAAGACCCAAACUUCAGGCUGGAUUUGUCAGCUGGGAAGAAAGUGAAUGGUACUGUGGGAACUCUGGCCACUUAGCUGUUCAUUUCAUUCUGAUCGGUAUGGAGACACCAGUCCAUCUGGAUUUACACGUGAGCUGAGAUAGAGUAGACAUAUUCUGUAAUAUUUGAUCCUAAGGAGUCUGUAAUCCUGUCUCUCAUGCCCACUCCGAUGACCUACUCAGAUUUAAAGGCUGCAUUUCUUUCCUUUUG